UAGACAAUCCAAUUGAUAGUAAAACUUACGUAUUUUCAACGAUUGAAGGAAGUAUUAUAUGGAUAAGAGAACAUUAUCAACAAACAAAGAAAGAGAUUCAAGUAUUGACUACAGGAAGUUUACAUCUUGUAGGAGGGGUAAUGGCCGUAUUAGAUAUUGACGUCUAA